AUGGUUGCCAUAGAAAUAUCAUUAGGAGAUUUUGGAUGCAGACGCUCAGAAUUCCACGACAUAGAUAAUGAUCGGUCAAGUACAGGAGACUAUCUCAAAAAGCUGUCCAAGCGAUCCUAUGAGAAAGUCUUUAAAUCGUGUAACAAAGACGAUUUCUACACUCAUGUCGAGCUUGGAAAUUAUUAUGAUGCUAAUGCGAGGGAAUCCGCGAAUGGUUUAGCUAUAAUCGUUUUUAUUGAAACUGGAGAAGCUGCUGCAAACAAUGCAAGUGUUUGUGUCGAUUUAGCCGAUGUCCGUGUUAAAUUUAAACAGUACAAACAAGAUAUUGUUAUGAUUUAA